CAUCGAACAUUGGAAUGAACGGCUCAUUCGAUCACAAACAUCAUCGUGAUUUUACAACGAAUUCUGGCGUGGAUCAUGUUGAGCAAUCAAGCUUGGAUGGAGUGGUCUUCAUAGGACUGUGUGUAACAUGUGCUGGCAUACUAUUGAUGGUCAUCAAGCUGUGCUACAAUUACACCCGAAACUUCCCUGUGCGGAAAGACACAGCUGCCUAUGGUCGUUCUACGUAUCAACGGUAUGUAAAGGAAAUGAAAUUAGUAAAGCCAUUUGUUUUCCUAUUAUGUUGA